UCCAUUACGCGUUUCAAGUUUAAGCCCAGCUCAGACUUAGACUCAGACCCAGACCCAGACUCUGACUCUGACUCAGACUCAGACUCAGAGUCGUACUCAGUGCUAAACGACAACGCGACGCGAGUGGACGGGUUUCUUUCGAGUCUGAGAUUUAUUAAAGUGCAAGAAGCAGAAGCAAGCUCAAAUUAAAGGCAAAGCCAUCUAAAAAAAAAAAACAAAGUGUACAGCCGCAAAAUGUUUGCCCAACUCGGAGCAGUUUGCCUGCUGCUGCUGCUGCAAGCCGCACUGGCCCCGGCACAGCUGAUUACACUGCGCGACGGUAAGGUGGGCGUUAAUUUCGCCGGCUACCAUGCAGAUGCCGGACUCGGCGGCUUGCUGACAGGCAACUCAGCCCACGGCGGGCUCAGCGCCUCGGCGGGCACACCUUGGGGAUCGCGUGCCGCAGCUGGUAUUGGUGGCGGUCUUAACGGACGCACGGCGGGCGGUGCAUAUGCAGCGGCUCAGGCCAACGAUGACAUUGGUGCCAGCGCCCUGCUCGGCGGCAGUGUGGGCGAGCGCGGCUAUAUCGGUUCUGAGGCGCACGUUCCCGGCAAGGUGUCCGUUCAUUCCGCACAAGUCAGUCCACAACAUGUGACCUCUGGUCCGCCAGCUGUUGAAGAUUUGCCUCCAGUGCUGCCAACGGCUCCGAGCCAUAUCCAGAAGGUCAAGCCGCCCAAAAAAUAUUCGCUAAUUGCACAACAUUCAGACCACAGUACGACCACUCAAAUCAAUGAAAAUCAUGUUCAGACUGCUGCAGCUCUGCCAGCCGCAGAGGUCGGACUGAGUAGGCAGGAGCCGACGCCUCUAAUAAUUGUGAAGCGACCACGCCUACGUGUGAAACGCCCACGUCAAAGGCAGCGCACCGUUUACAGAACGCAGGUGUUCGUCGAAGAGGAUCAGGAGCAGCUUCAGCCACAAGAGGAGCACCAAAAGUCACACUCUGACGAGUCGGCGAAGGCGACGCCCAAGAGUGAAGCCAAGGUGGUGCAGACGCGCAAGUACGCAAAGGUCGCCAGCCAGAGGCCGCAGGGUGUCGACGGCCACGUCAUUGCGCCGCAGGCCCAAGGAGUUGUGGGCAACGCACUUGAGAUACCCAUUGGCAUUUUGCGCUCCCUGCAGGUGAGCCUGGGCGCCUUGACGGGUGGACAGCCUUUACCGCAGCAGGCCGCUCAGCCCUUCCAGGGUUAAGUGCACAUAUAUAGCGCAUAAGUUUAUACUCAAUGUCAUAUAAUCAAUAAAGCCAAAUUAAGUGGUAAAA